GGCGGAGCUACAACCAUAGCAACGCGGUAGAUUUUCCCGCCCCCUAGCAACCGCAUGCCCCCUCUCGGCUCAGUCCCGAGCCGGCGAGCGGCGCUCGCUACAACCGCCGUGACGUGUGUGUGACGUCAGCGCGUAGCGUGCGAGUGACGUGGUCCCGGGCAGGCGGGCGGGGCCGGUUUGAACGCGGAGGCGACGGGGCCGGAGCGGGGCAGAAAAUGGCAGUUAAUGUGUAUUCUACUUCAGUGACUAGCGAUAACUUGAGUCGACAUGACAUGCUGGCUUGGAUCAACGAGUCUCUGCAGCUGACGCUGACAAAGAUCGAACAGCUGUGCUCAGGUGCUGCAUACUGUCAGUUUAUGGACAUGCUCUUCCCAGGUUCUGUAGCGCUCAAGAAAGUGAAGUUUCAAGCAAAAUUGGAACACGAGUACAUUCAAAACUUCAAGGUUCUACAAGCAGGUUUUAAGCGAAUGGGUGUGGACAAAAUAAUUCCCGUGGACAAACUAGUGAAAGGAAAAUUUCAGGACAACUUUGAGUUUGUUCAGUGGUUCAAAAAAUUUUUCGAUGCAAACUACGAUGGGAAAGAAUAUGAUCCUGUUGCUGCUCGACAAGGCCAGGAGACAGUAGUGCCAAACCUUGUUGCUCCUGUUGUGAACAAACCCAAGAAAUCUCUCAGUUCUGGCAGUGCAGCCCCACAGAGGCCCAUGGUGACGCAGAGAACCGCAGGGACCCCCAAGUCUGGGACUGGAAUGGUCAAAAAGGCAGCAGGAGAUGAUGAGUCGGCGGGACUGAUUGAGCAGAUCAAUGUAUUGAAACUUACUGUUGAAGAUCUGGAGAAGGAGAGAGACUUCUACUUUGGCAAACUGAGGAACAUUGAACUGAUCUGCCAGGAGAAUGAAGGGGAGAAUGACCCAGUGUUGCAGAGGAUUGUGGAAAUUCUUUAUGCCACAGAUGAAGGCUUUGUGAUACCUGACGAAGGAGCACCGCAGGAGGAACAAGAAGAGUAUUAACAGGCCACAUACUGUACCAGCAGAGCAGCAACAUCAGAAUUCUUUGCCCCAGAUCAUGUGCUUAACUGUAAAAUACUCCACUUUAUUCUUAGAGGACUCACUGGUUUCUUUUCAUAAGCAAAAAAAAGUACCUCUUCUUAAAGUGCACUUUGCGGAAGUUUCACUUGGACAGUGGGUUGAGUUGGGAGCUCUUUCUCACUUUGUAGCAGAGCAGUAUUCACAUCCACGGGGGAGAUGGAGGGAGCAGGAGCCUGAAUAUUUGGAACUUGGUGCAGAAUGGUUUGCUGGUAAAACACUGGUUUGUGGGGAGAAUUUUUAUGUCCAAGGUGGUGGUGUAGAGAAAUGAAAGACUCCGACUCACAGAAAGAUUGAGUUAAUGUGAAAUUGCAGCACAGAAAUUAUAAUAAAAUGCCUUAAGAGUAUUUAAAAUAUGCUUCCAUAUGCCAAAUUGAAGUGAUGUGACAGGAGAUUUUAUGUGCGUCACGUUGGGGUAGGUGCCCGUUAACCUCGCACGGCGAUCUCACUGUGUCAGCAAGUGCUCAAAGGGGCUGUUAAAACAAAACUCCAUUCCUGGGAAAGCUGCUUACUAAGUGAUUAGUUCUCAAUGAAAUGGGCCUUAACGUUGCCUGUCACAAGAUUAGAGGGAGUAUGAACAGCUGAGACACAUAAAUUACAUUGAAGAGUGCUAAAGCCUUUUUCUACGGCGUUGUGGCUAAUGACUUUGCGAAAAUGUACUGUGUUUUCUGUAAGAAAAACAACAUUUAAAAAUGCAACAAGAAAAGCAAACAUCAUCCAGUCCUACUGCCUAAAAUGUCCUUCAGAAGUAAUUUUCCCUCCUGGCUCUUGAUACUAUUUGUCCUGUUUCUUUUUCUAUAUUCUGCUCUCUCCUGUGUCCUGUUCUCUUUCCCAUACCAAGGAAUGCUGAUCAAACCCUCAGCUCUAACAGGACUUGCACUGUGUGACUAUCACAGGAUGAAAAUUAACUGAGGACAUGAGGAUGAUGCUUUUUGUCUCUUUUUUUUUUUUCCUUUUUUUAAAUUUUUCCUUUUGAACCAGGGCAUAUCUAAUCAUAAUUCUUGCCAGUUCAGUAGUCUGGGGUAAAAACUAAAAAAUGCUGGCUAACAGAGUUAAUGAUAUUGCAGAAAAUACAGUACUGAGACUAACUUAAAUAUUAAUAUUUAAAGUACUUUCCAUAACUGUCCUUUUUUGCUGUCAUGCUCCUCAUUACUGUUGUGUUUGGCAAGACCCGCAAGACUUCUGAUCCCCGUCACUACUGAGACUGAUUGGUCCUGUUGUGCUUGUAUCCAUUUGUUUCUGGUGGUAGCUUGUCCUGAAAUGUGUGUAGGAGAGCAUUUUAUGGUAAUUGUUGUGUAGUGCAUGAAUAUUUGUGGAAUUCCGAGAAAAACCCGAAUUCAGUGAAUGCCAAAAAUGCAAGUACUAGCCAUUGUUUGAAAUCGCAGUGGUGCUAUUUCUCUUGUGGCCUUUCAGACUUUUGUUGCCCUAUAGCUCCAUUUUACUGAGAAACCAUAUUUGACUUGGAUUUUUCUUGACAGGGUUUUUCUAUUUUAAGCAGUUUCUAAAUAAAGUUCUGUAUUUCAAGAGUGCCACGUCUGCUGGAGUCUCUCGUGCUUUCAGGUGCGGUGAAGCCGAAGCCCGUGAUGGUUUUCGUGGUGAAGCUCGCAGGACCCGGACUGUCGGCUCCCUGGUCCCGGUGAUGCUGAAGCUCCUCAGGGUGCACUGGGGAAGGCGGCGCUUGAGUUUUGGUUGGUUCUCAUUUCCCCUCUCAUAAGCAGAUGAAAUGUGAGUGUUUUGUUGGUGUCCUACGGGCGUGAAAGCCGGGAUGGAUAUCAGAAUGACUUGAAGCGUUUUAAAGCUGGUCAGACACUGGUUAUUUGUUACAAUCAGGCCGUUCCCUGCCCUGUCAGCAGUCUGAGCAGGCUGGCUGAGCUGAGCUGGGUUUAAGUGUGUCUUUCAGGUGAGCUCAGGUGUUACCGGCACAAACGUGUGCACAGACCAGCAUCUCCAGAGGUGUUGUGGCGUGUGACCCUGUGCAGGGUGUCCCUGUGGGCUCUGUCCUGCAGAACAUCCUCCCUGUGCUAACGAGUCCUCUUUGCUGUCAUUGCUGGUGUAAACCUGUGUGGGACUGUGCAGGUGUAGGCGUAGGACAGAGGUUGUGAUGCACAUAAAAUCUUCUUCACCGUUUCUUACUUGCUUUCAGGUCAGAAGCAUAUUUUUUUCAUCUCUAAACAUUCCAUUGUUCCAGCAACUCAAAGCAAAAGAUGGCAAUAGCAUGUGCUAAAUUGGGGUGGCUGCUCUUUGCAGCCAGUUGUGUGCUGGGACCUGGUUGCUUCAGGUUUCUCUUGGAGCAGAUGGUGUGUGGAGCACCCAGGUCUGCAGAGGGCUUGUGGUAGGUUGGUUUUGAUCUUUGCUAGCGAAGGAAGCAAAGGUGAUUUUGUGCUGAGGGCACGGGGAGUCACAGAUAGUGCUGGUGAGACUGAGCGUGGGGACCCGUUAUAAACUGAACAGAAACUCCAGUCUUGGCAGUCAAAUGGUGCUGAGAUUUCCAAUUGGUGAAAUCACUUCUUUGCUACCAAGAUGAGCUAUAAAGAGAAUGUGGAAGAACUCACGUAGGCAACUUCUGAUCAUGUUUUAGAUAUCUUGGCAUAAUCUGUUUUUUAAUGUCAUUUGGGGAAGAAAAUAACAAUAAGCCCAACUCAAACCCAUAGGCUUAACAUAGCUACUCUGUCACACUGGUACAGUAUUUGCUGUUACGUGUUAAAUGCUCACCUGCUGGAACAACCUUUUAGUAUCUUAGUUCUAUCAGAUUUUUGAAAAACAAACAGAAUGGAAGAAGCAGAAGCUCACACCUCCUUUCUGUACCAACAUGUCUUACUUGCAGGUGGACUUGUGGAUGUUUUUUUAACUUUUCUUGUUCAAUUUUUUUAAGAAUUCCUGGUUUGCAAUGACAAUUCUUACUGUAACUGUUAAAAGCCUUCAAAUAAAGGCCAGAAACCUC